AUGAUAUAUACUAAAUUUCUUGAUGUUUUUGCUUUUCGAAAACAGCAAAAUAAUCAAAAACAACAACAAACACUUGGAUUUAAUUUUUAUGGAAUGAGUCAAGUACAGUACAGCAUUUAUGCACAUUCUAAUUUUCUUGACGUUUUUUGGAGCUUAACAACAGCUAUUGAAGUUAGAUUAUAUGAUGAUAAAUUAGCUACUUUCAGGGAAUUUUUGGAUAAAACACAGUAUACCGAAGACAAUGUUGCUAGUUAUGAAUGGAUAUUUGGGACAGAUUUUACCAGCCCAGGUGGAGUAAAUGAAAACAGAAGAGUACUUAAAUAUUUCCGUCAUUUACGCCCAGGCCAACAAAUGCUUGAUAUUGGUGUUGGAAUUGGUGGUGGAGCUAGACAAGCUGCUAGGGAGUUUGGUCUUCAAGUACUUGGUUGUGAUCUUUCUUCAAAUAUGAUUCAACAUGCUUUUGAUCGUAAUCAACGUGACAAAGAUCAUCGUGUUGAAUAUCAAAUUGCUGAUGCUAUGGUUUAUCGUUAUGAAGCUAAUGCUUUUGAUAUUGUAUUUGGUAGAGAUUGUAUUCAACAUAUUAAAGACACAAAAAGAUUAUUUAGAAAUAUUUAUACAUGGCUUAAACCUGGUGGACGAGUACUUGAUACAAUGUAUGGAAAAGGACAUGGAGUUCUCUCUCCAAAAUUUCAUGAAUAUGUUCGUAAACGGCAAUAUGCACUAAAAACUUUGGAAGAAUAUAGAGAAAUUGCUCAUAGUGUUGGGUUAACAAAUAUUUACACAGAAAAUAUGACUAAACGUUUGAGAGAAAUUUUAGUAAUUGAACGUGAUAGAGCAGUUGAAAAUAAAGAGGAAUUUAUUCAAAAAUUUAGUGAAAAACGUUAUUCAAAAUUAGUUGAGGGUUGGGCAGAUAAAUUACAAUUUGUUGAUGAAGAUAAUCAAAAUUGGUUGUUACUUCGUGCGGAGAAACCGGUGCAUCCACAUGCUUAUUUAACAGAAGCUGGAGCCUAA